AUGGAUAUUGCGCAUUUCUUGUUCGGCAUAUUUGGGAAUGCUUCUGGUUUGUUCCUCUUCUUGGCCCCAAUCGUAACAUUCAAGAGGGUCAUUGCGAACAGAUCCACAGAAAAGUUCUCGGGCGUUCCUUACCCUAUGACACUGCUCAACUGUCUCCUUUCUGCUUGGUAUGGUUUACCAUUUGUGUCCCCACACAACAUACUAGUGACAAUAAUCAAUGGCACAGGAGCAGUGAUUGAAAUCAUAUACGUUUUCAUCUUCGUGUUGUUCGCGCCCAAGAAAGAGAAGGCCAAGAUUCUUGGCCUUUUCUCCUUCGUGGUGGCAGUGUUUUCUGCUGUCGUUUUGGUGUCCCUGUUAGCUCUGCAUGGAAAUGCCAGAAAACUCUUCUGUGGCUUCGCUGCUGCAAUAUUUUCCAUUAUCAUGUAUGGGUCACCCCUCUCCAUUAUGAGGCUAGUAAUCAGAACCAAGAGCGUGGAGUUUAUGCCCUUCUUCCUGUCUCUGUUUGUCUUCCUCUGUGGCACUUCUUGGUUCAUCUACGGUUUACUAGGCCGUGACCCAUUCGUUGCUGUACCUAAUGGCGUUGGUUCAGUGUUGGGGGCGACGCAACUAAUAUUGUAUUUUAUAUACCGUGACAAGAAAAGUGGUCAGGAGCCAACACAAGAAGAAGGAACCAUGGAGAUGUCAAACCAGACCAACUCCAAUGGAACAACCACCCAAGAGGGACACAAGAUUCUCCAUUUAUAUCUUGGAGGGUUUGUGCCAGAGGCCAACUUUAUCUGUGACGAAAUAGAGUUGGCAAUUGAACGGGGUUUUGAUUCUCAUGCUCCCAAUUCAUCAACUUGCUUGAUCAAAACAAAGUACAGAGAGCUUGAGUCUUGA